AUGAGGGAAUCGUGUAGGGAGAUGUCAAAGAAGCAGGAAAAGCCCGUGAAACAUCUGGUUUUGGAUACCGGAGCGAUUAUUGCGAAUGUUAAUCUCCAUGAGAUUGCAGAAAACUAUUAUGCACCUCCAGAAAUCGUCGAUGAGUUGCGAUCUCACCGAUCCAAAAUAACUUUCGAUACACUUCCUUUCGAGGUCUUAAUACGAGAGCCGUCCGCGAAUGCAUUGAGAAAAGUUGUGGAUGCUUCGAAGAAGACGGGUGAUUUCGUAUCACUCUCUUUAGCUGACAUCAAGGUUAUUGCUCUGACAUACGAUGUUCACCAAGAACAAUGUCAUAAAACGAAUGAGAUUCCUGACGAUGACGCUUCAAUGGCAGACGUUCUGAACGAAAUCCAAGCUGGUACAAACGAGAAAGCAUCUGCUACGGCUGAUUCCGACCAUGCCGUCCCCCUUGAGCCCUCACCGAACACCUUGCCAGAGGGUUUCUGUGAGAGUAUAUGCAGUGACGACGAUGAAGGAUGGAUAACGACGGAUAAUCUCAGCAAAGCUCUCAGAAAAAUGGGUGCUCUG